CAAUGCUUGUCAGUAGUCAAUCACUGAUGCAUUGUUGCUAUUCCAAAUGAAAAAUUUCAGAUAGUCGUUUGACCAGUUUCCAUAAUUCCGAUCUCGAGAUGGAACCACGGAAGAAAAAGAGCGUAUUUUCCAUGGGGGAAAUUUUUAACACGUUUUCCAACGAUGGUGAAUCGAACGAUAAAGCUUUUAAACUGGCUAUGUUCAACGCCUUGGCCAUGAUCGUCGUCCUUAUUUCUGUAAUCACUCUCUCCGGUGUUUAUUUUAUACUUCAGCCUUUUAUCAAGCCGUUGGCGUGGGCUCUGCUUUGCGGCUCUGCCCUGCACCCGUUCAAAGAGAUCAUUGCGAACAAAUGUCGUAGAGAGAUUGACAAUCUCGAGUCGUCAUCGAGACCUGUUUAUGUAAAUCUGCUCCUUAUACCAUUUGAUUUGACAUCCAGGUGGUCUGACUCUAUAGGAGAUUUUCUUGUCGACCGAAUGAAAAUCAUUAUAACGUUUUUACUUGUUCUGUCCACCAUGUCUGGAUUUUACUUCUACACUCCGAAUUUCAUUUGGAAUUUGUGCUACUUUUCUAUGGUUGUCAAUAAGAUGCUUAUCAACACAAUUCUUGACACAUUCAGAAGCACGUUGAUUUCUGGCACAGUCGUCUUAAGUUUUUUCUGUGCUCUUAUUUUUCUCUGGAAGCCAAACUACAACAGAUUUUUUACCCUCUCGUCAAUCUUUGUGUGGGUUGUAAUAACUUCGUGGCUUUCAAAUUGCAUUUUCUACUUACGAAUUCCUAUAUUUGUAUUACUACAAUUUGCAAUUUGUGGUAUAUACUUGUAUUCUUUAAUGUCUACGUCACCGACAUCCAUUGAUCUUUCGCAAACGGAACAAAAAGAGAACCCCCCAGAAUCGGAAACCUUUUUGAAAGAAGAAAAAGAAGAAGGGCAAACGAGUUUUCUAUACAUCCGUUGGCUCAUGAUGAUCUGUGCAGGAGUACUGACAUUCAGCCUGUCUACAGUACCUUACAUAUUAGUAUUUUUGCUAUUAAUAUAUGGAAUUAAAAAAACAUGUUUCUAUUUUGGCAUAACUGAUACAUUUAAUAGUUAUGUUUCGUCAUUAGUGGAAAGUGUAGGAUCGUGGUAUGACAGCAGGAAAGAUAUCCUUUUGCCACCUCCUCUUCAAGCAUCCUUAACAUUAUUAACAGCUAAAAAAAUGAGAUUGUUGGAUAUCUUGAAGAACUGUUGUGAUUCUGUAGCUGCGGUUGCUGUCAUUUUAGGUCUUUUGCUUUUUGGCCUGUUUUUUUCAAUAUUUUUUACUGUCCAGGCUUAUCGAGAAGGAGUGUACCUAGUUCAAGCAGGAGGUAGAAUUAUAAAUUCAACAAUUGUAAACAAUCCUGAACUGAUCCAGAUUUUGCCAAAAGACUGGCAGACUACAAAAAACACAGCACUUGAGAACGUUUAUAUUUAUACAAGAGAUGGAAUCGCUCAAUUUAUAAGAAAUCUCUUGAAAGGCAAGGGGAUUGACGAGUUUAAAAUUUCCGAAUUGGAAAAGGGAGCACUGGAUUUGUGGGACAUAGCUUAUGAAUCUUGGGUUAAACCAAUGGAGACAAAUGUCGGCAGAUCGACUACUGCAGAUACAGUUUUUAAUUCAUACACCAAUUUCAUUGAAAGGCUUAAAAAAACUCCUGAAGUUGUAAGUUGGGAUUCGUUGAGAGAAUUCGUACAAGAGAAUAUGUCAAUGUUAAAUGCAGGCUUUGAUUCACUUUGGGUUAUUCUCAAAGGAAAUUUGUCACUUCUUAUUGGAAUACUUACAACGGUGUUUUCACUUGUUUUCGGCGGUGGGAUGUCAGUCAUCAAUUUCACAUUUCACACGGUUGUUUUCUUGACAGCCCUAUUUUAUCUUUUGAGUACAAGUCGUGAAAUGUACAAGCCUGUUGAAAUGAUGACUCAAAUGAGCCCUAAAUAUGGAAAAAAACUGGCUUUAGCUGUACAACAGUCUUGUAGAGAGGUUUUGGCUGCAUCCAUAAAACUUUCAAUGUUUUAUGGCCUUUGGACUUGGUUGAUACACACUUUCUUCAUGAGCAACCUGGUCUACAUGCCUGCUGCAUUCGCUGCCAUAUUGGGUGUUGUGCCUGUGCUUGGAACGUAUUGGGCCUGCGUACCCGCUAUUCUUGAUUUAUGGCUCCUUCAAGACAGUAAGAUAAGGGCUUUGGGCUUGUUCUUAGCCCAAAUAUUUCCUACAGCUAUUGUUGAAACGACAGUUUACAAUGAGAUUAAAGGAGGAGGACAUCCUUAUUUGACUGGUUUGAGCAUCGCUGGGGGCAUGUUUUGGCUUGGGAUGGAAGGAGCAAUCGCUGGUCCUUUGGUGUUAUGCUUUGUUUUUACUAUUGUCAACAUGGUUUCAAGUUUUAAUUCAGACGACUCUUCAUAAAAUGUGAUAAACCACUUUUGCCUUUGAUGCUUGUGAGUGUAUCUUCUAAGACUGUAGAUGUGCAUUACGUUUUAUUUUUCCAUCGCAUAACAUAACAUUAAUGCAACAAGUAUGCAUUUUUUCACUUAUAUUUCAAACAAUUUUCUUAUGUACUUACAACUAAUCUUACAAGAACAAAUAAUUUUCACUGCAGACAGAUUCAAGCUAAGUAGAAGAUGGGCGAGAAUUCGUAGACUAAUGCUUACAAUUUACUAUAUUUUGUAUUAAUAACAAUUUAAAAGCACAAUGCAGAAUGACCUGUCCCAAAACAAAUGGCUUUGUUUCAUUUUGGAGUCACACCAUGAUAAACUAUCAUUUCUUGCUGAAUUCUCCAAUUUUCUAGGGUUGAUGUCAACUUGAAGGUCAAAUUAGCAAAACCUUGCCGUUUAAAUCUUUGUUGAUCAAUUAAUGAUUUGUAAAAUUUGUCCUUAAAGAUUCUGAGGGCAUAAUUUGCAUUCUAGAUUCUUACUACUAGAAAUAAAAUAUGUAAAAAGUAAAUUUUAGAUCCAGUUAAAUGAAUUUAAGAUUACUUAAUACUAAUUAU